GGCUGGCUCUGUUGAUGAUGCUGGGGUUCUUUUCUCUGGCCGUGGCGCGUCUGUGUGGUCAGCAGGUCUUUUGUGGUGGCGUAAUCCGCCUCUUCUCCGCGCCAGACUAUAAGAGCAUGCGCUGCUGCCCGGCACACACACACUCCCACUGUGGACUGCUUCUCUCGCCGGCGCACUCACUGAGAACACAGGAAACAUGUCUUCUGGAGGAGAUAAGUCUAAAACUGCCUCCCAGACCGACGGGAAGGCUGCUCAGAGCAAGACCUCUGAGUUCGGCAUGAUGAACUACAGGAUGUUUGUGUACGACUGCGAGAACUUCCAGGGCCGUUGCAUGGAGAUCAACGCCGAGUGCGUGAACGUGUGCGAGAUGGGCAUGGACAACGUGCGCUCUCUUCGCGUGGAGUGUGGCCCCUUCGUGGGUUUUGAGCAGAUGAACUUCUGCGGUGAGAUGUACAUCCUGGAGAAGGGAGAGUACCCCCGCUGGGACUCCUGGAGCAACUGCAUGAGGAACGACUACCUCAUGUCCUUCAGACCCAUCAGAAUGGACCCCGAGAAGCACAAGAUCUGCCUGUACGAGGUGGGAGACUACAAGGGCCGCAAGAUGGAGAUCAUGGACGAUGACGUGCCCAGUCUCUACUCCUACGGCUUCACCGACAGAGUGGGCAGCUGUCUUGUGAGCUGUGGAACCUGGGUGGGCUACCAGUACCCCGGAUACCGUGGCAGCCAGUACCUGCUGGAGAAGGGCGACUACAGACACUUCAACGAGUGGGGCGCCCGCUGCCCCAUGUUCCAGAGCGUGCGCCGCAUCCGCGACAUGCAGUGGCACCCCCACGGCUGCUACACCAUGGCUAGCAAGUGAGGGCCCAGCCGUGAGCGCCGGAGCAGGAGGAGGAAGACGGGAGGAGGAGGAGUAGGAGGGGAGGAGGAAGGAGGAGAGGGGGUGCGGAGGAGGAAGGAGAGAAGAAGGGAUGUUGUCUGAGAGGAGCCUUCGUUGAUUGGCUGACUCGACUGACUGGUCCUCUUCUGUUAAAGCCCCCCCUCUUCUUGUGAUGGGAGUGUGGAAUAGUGUGUGGAACGUACCACCUGCGGGGAUUCCACGGGGGUGGGGUGAUGUGGGGGGAGGACUACGGUUACCCCAAAGGGGAGGGAUGAAAUGGAGUCUCCGUGUGUGUGGGGUUUGAUGGUUCUUUUUUUUUCUUGCACCAGACAGCCAGUCCCAGUGGUGACGUCUGCUCUGGAUCAGUAGGCUUUUUAAAGAAAACACACACGCACGAAAAAAGAGAGAAAACGGUUCACGCCCCUGAACGCCAUCGUGGGAUCCCUGCGUCCUCUUUGCCCUUCUCUAUCUCUCCAGCGCUUCGACUGUGGCUCUUUAAUUUUAUCUUUUUUUUUUUUUUCCUUCCGUUUUUUUCUGUCCAAUUUUUGUUCUCUUCUAUUUUAUUAUUUUUUUUCAUCUUUACAAACUCCCCUUAACUUAUUCCCCUAAGCAACCCACCCAGGAGAAUGGAGAGCAAGGGAGAGAGGAGGCAGGUGUUGAACAGACAGACUAACCUCCCUACGGCCCAGCUUGACUCGCUCCUACACUGCUGUACAGAAUCCUGGCCACCUUUUAAAUAAAUAAAGACCCAAAAAUGCUUGAUUUGAAACACA